AUGUCACAGAGUCGACUCCGAUCCAUGCCGAUAGCACAAGGUCGUCAUCUGGCGAACCAAAAAUACACUGAGGCUGUCUGCGAGAUCAACUCAAGCAAGACGGUUGCAGAGCCCCUUCUCUACGCCAUCAACUUGCUGUACUACGUCGAGAGAUACAGCUUCAACGUCCCUGCGAUGAAAACCCAUGCGUGGGGCCUCCAUUCGAUUCUAGCAGCGGACCCCGAAAGAUGGAGACGGAGUGUAGUAUGCCAGGAUGUCAUGUUCGGGACGAGGCCUGCUGCUAUCGAAGGAUGCAUUGCUGCUGGAAAACCGUCACCCUUUGAAGAAGAUAUCUGGUUCCAGUAUGAGAUCCCGAACGACUCGAGCUUCGGCGCUGCUACUCUAUCCCAGGUCGCACACCGGAUCUUGUUCAAAAUACCUAAGCUUGUAAUCUAUAUCCGGAAGAUCAGGUCCGGCAAGUACGACUUCUUCGAUGCGUGCGAAACGAUUGGUCUAGCACAUCGAAUCUUGAGUAUCCGGAUCGAUCGCAUUCACGCGCCGAUGUCUCUGCGCUUUGCAGACCUUGGAGUGUUGGAUGCGUUUUUGGACUACUGCCGCGCCCGUCUCACGAUCAUCACACUUUGUCUGGCGUUGCAGCACUGGCUCGCCGGAUAUGUAACCCCUGACAACGACAUGAUUGUGAGGGAACAAGCGGACCUUGUUCAGCAGGUACUCUCGUGCUGGGAACAGUGCAUGGAAGCAAGGCGCUUUCCCAAAUGCAUGUGCUACACUCUUUUCCCGGUGUAUGGUGCAGUUCAGCAGAUGAAACGCCGUGGCCUCCCUGUCGAGGAACUCAUAUCUUGGCUGGAGUUGAAGAGCCUUGUGGCGUUCGCCCAUCUCCGCAGCUUUCGCGGUGAGAGCGAUUUGACAUCAACGUGGGAUAGGUUCUGUGGAGGACCGCCGAGAAAGUCCAUCUACUGGCAGUGGGCAGAGUGA